AUGGAUUUUCAUAGUCAUUUGGCUUUAGCUUUUGGCAUACUAGGUAAUGUCAUUUCCUUCAUGGUGUACUUGGCUCCUAUGCCAACAUUUUACAGAAUUUGGAAAGUGAAAUCAACUGAAGGUUUCCAGUCUUUGCCCUACUUGGUGGCUUUAUUCAGUUCCAUGCUUUGGCUAUAUUAUGGUCUGCUCAAGACAAAUGCUACAUUCCUCAUCACCAUUAAUUCAUUUGGAUGUGUUGUUGAGGCUAUUUACAUUAUCCUCUACACAAUCUAUGCCACCAAAAAUGCCAGGAUCUUAACCCUGAAAAUAUUCAUGGUGAUGAAUGUGGUCUCUUCUGUGUUGAUAGUUGUCACCAUCCAAUUUGCUCUGCGUGGUUUCCUCCGAGUCACUGUCCUUGGAUGGGUUUGCACAACUUUUGCAAUUUGUGUCUUUGCAGCACCUUUAACCAUUGUGGCAAAGGUUAUCAAAACUAAGAGUGUUGAGUUCAUGCCAUUCAAUCUGUCACUUUUCCUCACACUAAGUGCUAUAGUGUGGUUUUCUUAUGGUCUCUUCCUCAAGGAUAUAUGCAUUGCGUUACCAAAUGUGUUGGGUUUCGUAUUGGGACUAUUUCAGAUGAUACUAUAUCUUAUUUAUAAAAACAAAGCCACAGCUCCAAAGGAAGAAUUUGAACUAGAGCAGGGAAUGACAAACGUUGUUAUAUUGAGUCCAAUGGGAAUCCUAAUGUCAUCUCCAUCUCCACUCAGAGAAAGAGUGAGCAAACAAAAUACAGAAGGUGUAGAAGAGAAUAACAAAAACGUGGAAGUUGUUGUGGUGAACUCAUGUGAAGUAAUCUCAUCUCCACUUUUAGACAAAGUGAAGAAACAGGGAAAAGAAGGUGUGGAAGAGAAGAAGAAGAAAAGCGUGGGAACUUCAGCAUGA